GUGAAAGGGAAAUAAAGAUGGAGUACUUAUCAAGGAGUUUCAAGUCUGUUUUGGGUAAUCAGCAAGCUGGAACGCAAUCCUCCGGUCGCGAAACGGUGCGUAUUGGAGUACUUUUCUUUGAUCUGUGUCAUGUUACUUGAUCUGAUCCGGGUUUAUCUGUAAAUGUUGUUUCAGGUCGAGCGGCUGUGUGAUCGUGUUGCGUCUUCUACGCUUUUAGAAGACAGACGAGAUGCUGUGCGUGCGCUCAAGUCGCUUUCAAAGGUGAGUGAUGCUCUCCAUGAUGUCGAACUUAAAAUUUAUAAUGCGCUAUUAAUAUCAAGAUCUACAUUGAAUCUUUUUGUGUUCUAAUUCAGUGAUCAUUGGCCUUGAAACCUGAUAAAACUUGAUUGUUUCCAAAUUCUCCUUACCUAAUUACCAACGUUCAUAAGUUUUACUACUGACUAUAGUAUUUUUUUGGAAAUGAAAGUCUGAUUUUAAAUUUUAUCCUUAUUAGAUUUAACUAGAAAUACAUAAAUCGCAGGACCUCGCGAAGACCAAGCGGAGAAGAAAAUUUGUCAAUCAAAAAUUGUGAGCUGUAUACAGAAACAUAACAAAAACUGUUAUACCUAAAAUGAAAACUAAAUGAAAAAAAAAAGAAAAGAAAAGAAGCGAAGAGAAAAGGUGCAGCCCAGAUUCGAACUCAGGCCCUUCGGUGGACCGGGCAACAGCUUUACCACUAGGCUACGUGGAACAUACAUGCCACAGUAUGGAAUUUUUAUUAUUAAAACCUUUAAGCCUUAUUAAACAUGAGUUCAAAGAUAUUUUUCAGAAGAAUGACUGCAGCUUGGACAGUGAAAACCCAACGUAAAUGCAUUUCAUCGUAUUUACAUGUAGAGAAUGGAAGGCCAACAGUCUAGGACGAUACGGUACAAACUCGUCUGCGAGCAAAACGUGUUUUGUUACCGCGAUGUUCGCUCAUAUGUUUAUAAGGCUAAUUAUCCAAAAUCGCUUCCAUUUGCUCUUAAAGAACUUUAGCAUUUGAAAUUCAUUGAGUGAUGUUCUCUCUGCUCCACUGUUUGUUGCUACCAUCUCCAUUCAUCUUUGUUGCUUGCGCCGUUGAAUUUCAAGUCGGCGUUUUUCGCUGCAGAGGAUUUUUUGGUGUCAAAUCUUCCCCUGCGAGGAUUGACAAUUCUGCGUUCUUGUGUUUGCUGUUCUGUUUGCACGAGAAAUGGCUUGAGAUUCGCCGAUAGUAAACAUUGUUUUGCAGACGACGAAACAACAGCUCUUCAUGAGUGCUUUGGUCAUUGAUGGGAAUUUGAAAUUGCUUUCAGUUGAAUGUUGCCUAGAAACAAAAAUGCGCUGUGACGUCAACUACUGUAUGACGUCAUGGCGGACACCAUCGGAUAUAUACAAGUAAAGAUGAAAGCUGUGACUUUGCAGCUCGCUAGGACCCACGUGCGGUUCACACACUGCGCGUGAGCUUCGCGCGCGACAAGAUUAUAAACUCACUUCGCUCGCGCUCCGCGCCUUGCUUCGCGAGGAAUUACAUUAAAGUGACAUGUAUUUUGAAUCAAGAAAAAAGAGCUCUGUACAUGCGUGCAGUUCAUUGUUGUGUUAAAAGUGUUCAUUUUCACAAAUUGCACCAAUUAUGUAUAAUUCUUAUCUUGUAAGUUGCUGGGUUAUUUUCUAAGCAUUUUUUUGUGUUGCAUUCAGAAAUUCCGUCUGGAAGUUGGAACACAGGCUAUGGAUCUGAUGAUAAAUGUGCUACAAACAGACAGGUGGGUUGUUAGUACGAGGGGGAGAGGAGCGGGGGGUUGAAUGUACUGUCAUAUACGGGCUAUAAAGGUAUGUGCCGCUGUGAAGGGUAUGGUUUUCAAGCAGUUUACUCUGGAAUUACUGGUUUUCGGUGUCACACCAUUCAAAAUAGAUCAAAAUAAAAAUCAAAACUGUUCAAUAGAUACAGUCCAGAAUCUGGAAAGGGAAAGGAGGUAAAUAUCCAAGACCCUCGCCAAAAUUCAGGUCAGAGGAAUAUUUCGUAUACAAGAUAUCCGAAGAAAUGUUUUCACAAAAUUUUUAGAGAUUUGUAUGGAGAUGCUAUGCUGGUGCCCAUGCGUAUUAGCACCAACAUGGUGGACAGAAACCAGCAGAAACAUCUGUAACUGAGUUUUGGGACAAAAGAGUGAAUUUAUUCUUUGAGGAACUCAUAAACAUUAAAGUAAUACUUUUUCUAAUACAUGGACUGUUCAGCAGGCAAAAUUCCCUGAAAUAAGUCAUUUCUUUAACCUGCAUGACAGCUCUCUUGGCCGUCAUGUAAAUACUGCGUCAUGCAAAAACUUAGAAAUUCAAACGUACCUGUACUCUAUCACAAAACCAAGAACCCUUUUGAAGCAAAAAUUUGUUUGAAAAUUAGUUUUCAGCUGCUCUAAUACAUCGUGAAAGUAAAAUAUCGGUUCUGUUGAUAGUUUUGUAGUUUGAAUUUUAGUGAUGUCAUGUGAAAACCAACAAUAGAUUACAUAGAUCAGAGAGUUUAGGCCUAGAAUAGUGUAUCAUUUUCCAGGAAAGUGAUAAAUUGGUGGAAGAUUUGAGUCUAGUCUUGGGAAACCGGGAAUUGCCAUUGGGUUUGUUUUGGCUGGACUGUGCUAGUGACCCCAGUAGUUUCUGGAAAACAGCUGCUCUAGGAUAGGGGGGAUUUGGGAGUUUAGUCUAGUAUAGGGUAGUAAAAUUCAGCUGAACUAGCUCUGGUACAGGCAAAUGGUUCCACGUCCCUCCGGCACUGCUGGUUUUCCAGUGAAAUGACACCUGAGUAACAAGCGCAGAAAUUCCAUACUGAGGACAUGUCACUACCCAGAUCUGGGAAAUGCUUCAAAUUUACAACCAAUCAGAAAAUGGUUGAGUGGUUGAAAUUUAAAGCACUAUCCAGAUCUGGGUAGUGAUAUGACAUCAGUAUGAAAUUUCUGCACUUAAUUCUCGGGUGUCAUUUCAUGGGGAAACCAGCAACGGCAUCUCAAAAUGUCAGAUGUUUUCCCUUAGUAGGUUGUCUAUAGCCUCCCAUGUAGACAGUUUCGUAGUGCUUUAUCACGGUGCAAACUGCACUCCCCAGAUCUUAAAGUGUGCUGUGAUUGCUCACAUUUUUAACAGCUGAUUUCAGCAGACAUUCAUUGGAGGAAUGUGUGACAAGCCCAAAGAAAGUCUAGGUUUUCUAAUGCAGUGCACUUGAGUCUAUUUUUCAUUCCUGUGAGAGUCGCCAAACCAGAACAGUGUUGUUUAUGCAAUGAUCCAAAUAAAGAUACCAUCAGAAAAAUUUGCAUUCAUUAUAACCUUUAAGGGCAUAAUUCAUCUGUUCUAUUGAAAUCUUCAACACAAAAUUAAAUGUUCGACAUAACAUCUACUUGCACCCUGGAAAACCAGAGUUUGCUGUUUUGAGUUACUGUCAUGUGUUUAACAGCAAGCUGUGAUUUCUGUCUGAUAUGGAUCUAAAGGAUCAGUAAAGAAGCGUGUGUAAUUGUGCAAUAAAUUAAUGUUGCAAAAAGGCCCAGUUUGUAAACAAGGUUGCACCACGCUUCCCCUUGCAUCCAUGAUCGUCUCGCGAAAUAGACUGCAAAUUUCAUAAAGCGAUUUCUUCCAUUGAGGAAGUUUUGAUCUCAUAGUAGGCAACCGAAAAGUUCAUGUGUAUCAAGUUUCAUAGAUUUUAUGAUAGGAGAGUAAAGUUGAACCGCCAUUAAGUGGCCACCCUUGGGGUAUCGGCAAGUGCCCGCUUAAUGGAGAUUGGCUGCUCAAUAGAGGUUUGUCAUAAUGAGCAUAACGUGAGCAUAAUCUUUAGCAGAAACAUCUCUAUUUUCAAACAAACAUGCAUUUGGAGUAGCAUUUCCUGGUCCACCAUUGUAUGUCUUUCUUGGACUGUUUUCCUUCAUCAUGUUGUUAAAAUAAAGUCAAACUAAGUGUAUCAAGGCUUGAUGGUUGCUUAUAGUGCGACCAGGAAACCGUGAACGCUUGAAAUAUCUCAGGAAUGUUUAUUGUGUUAUGACCAAUCACAGCAAAGAUCAAGACACACGAUUUAGCCACAAAACCACAAAAUAAAUAACGUUCUUGCUUGCAGUUUGGUUUUCUCCUGCGUGAUAAUAACUGGCUUUUUUUCUUGCAACACAAUAACAUUCCAGAAAUAUUUCUGAUGUUCACGAUUUUUCCUGUUUGACUCUAAUUCAGGUGACAACAAUAAGAGAACUCUUGCCCAGGAUGGCCAAAAGGUGGCCAUGGCCAUUCAAGAGGGGUUUAAGUUCUCAUUCCUUUCUGCAAUUAUUUUGGGACUUUGAUUACUGGCCGCUUAAUGGAGGGUGGCCAUUUAAUACAGUGUGACCGCUUAAUGGAAGUUCAACUGUAUUAUGAAAAUAUUAGAUAACCAAAGCUAACUAUGAUGAUAAAAAUUACUAAAUACUUUACAGAAAAAAUGAACACUUCAACUAUAGCUACUCAGGACUUCACACUUGAUGAUCUCAGUUGAUGUUUAUUUUAGGAAUGACACAGAAAUAACUGGCCUGGCAUUGCAGACACUCUGUAACCUGCUGUCUGCUGAACCACAAGGUGAGAGAAGAAGCAUUAAUGCUAUAAUGACAAGCCUUAGACAGAAUAAUAAUAAUGUAAUAAUAAUAGUUAAUAAUAAUAAUAAUUAAUAAUAACAAAAUAUUUUAGUAUGUGUCUCAUAUACCUUCCAAUAUUAUUAUACUUUUGUCAAAGACUAGGGGAAUGAAAAUGUUUCACGAGGUACAGUCGGUUCCCGAUAAUUCAAACCUUCAAGGGAAAUAGAAAAAAGUUCGAGUUAUGAGGCGUUCGAGUUAUUGAGGGUAAAAUGUUAUUGUAUACAUUGUAGAAAAUGAUCUGAAGGGAAAUGAAAAUUGGUUCGAGUUAGCGGAAGGUUCAAGUUAUAAAGGGUUCAAGUUACCGGGAGUCGACUGUACCAAGAUGUGGGAAGGAAGAUUAGCUAGUUAUGAAUACUUUUAAAAGUGGCUGUCAUCAGCUAUUGUUUAUACAUGUAGUGCUUUGGUAAUUGUGAAAAAAAAAAGUGAUAACUUGCCAAAGUGUUUGGCAUGAACUACAUGUAUGGUGAACAUCGACCUCUUGGGGAAGGCUGCACUACUUGAUUUAACUUUUUUAGGUUGAUUUACAAUAAUUAUUUCCCUUGUCUCUGAGCCCUAGAAGACAGAGAAAAUUAAGAUUCAACCUACAUGUUGGUUAAAAAAUUAUCACCUGAAAUCAAUUUUUUUUUACCUGUAACAUGUACAUGCACGUUGAAGAAGGAUUGUGCUGGAACAUAAUCAUUCAGCAAAGUUAUAUUGUUGAUUCUUUUCAGAUCAGGGUGGCCAGGACCCUGGACAGACAGCUUCAGAUGCCGAGUUAGGGGUUCAAUUCACAGAGAUCUUCAUCAAGAAAACUGAUAAUGUCACCUUAUUGCUUGGUCUGUUAGAGGUGUGGUGGGCAUUCUUUUUCUCUCUUUUCUUUUUUCUUUUUCAGUUCAUAGCGGGAGAAAAUAGUUACAUGUAAUUGCACAUAGCGAUUUUUGUUGGACUCGUCACAGAUUACCAGUAACUAAGUUACUAUUAAUGUUAUCAAUGUUGGUGGAUAGUAAUUUAUCCAGUGGAUAGCAUUAUCCACCUUUUAAGAAACUCGUGCCUGGAGAAUCUAAUUCACAUUUUCUUAAUUAUUUUUUCGAGGCUUUGUGGUAUGAUUUUCUAAAUUUUGUAACUUAUAGAGUUUUCGUCUUUUAGGAAUAUGAAUUUCAAGUUAGAUGGCCCACUGUUAAACUCCUGACAAUCUUGCUGACAAACAAGAGGUAAAGUGUAAACUACAGAAAAAAAGGGGCAUCCCUUUAAGCUCCAGUAUUCAGAUAUUAAUAUUUUCCAGGCUGAUCUCCAUUCAACUCCUGAGAGAAUUAAUUUUAAAAGAUCAAGGCAUUUCAAUGAUUUUGUUACCUCUGCGGCGUGCGUCCAUGAUGUGUAAAAAUCAAGAAGGAGGCAAAAUAAUUAAAAUAUGCAAAGAUUGAUCGAUGGAUGGACCAAUCAUAACCUGUGUAUUUAUAUAACAUGGCUGUUGUUUAACAGUGUGUUAUCUCUUUUAACCUUUGUUGUGCUUUACAUCAGAAGUGAGGACUAUAUUUCAAUUUCAGUAUACUGUAAUACAGAGUUUUUGAGUCUGUCUUCAAAUUAACUGUCUGGUUACAUAAAGGCCCAAGCAUCUUCAAUUUCAGACUCAUUUUUUUUAACUGGGACUCAUAUUGGUUUGGCACUUAGACUCAUUUUUUGAGUCACUUAUUUUUUCACAAGAUGAGUCCCAGAAAGUACCUACUACCUGGCAAUGAUUCGCUUUUGUUAAGUAUGUUCAGAAGUUAAUACAUAAUGUACAUACAUGUAAACAAUACUACAGUAUGCAUACCCUUAUGUAAAACUAGUAAUUCACUGUAUACCAAGUUGUAAUUGAACAGACUACAAUUACAACUUAGUACUAACUGUAUUGUUGUAUAGUGAAUUUAAGUUAGAAAAUAUUUACCCUGAAGUAAAUUUUUACGGAAAAAAAUUUAAUGUUUGUGGUACUUGUUAUUUGUGAAAGCUUGUUUUUGUGGAUCACUGAAAAAAUUGCCAAAAAUUAGGACCCGCAAAAAUUUCAUUUCACAUGGUAUUCAUACAUGUAUAACCGUGUUCUUACCAAUAUUCUUACCAAGCAACAUGCUGGGAUGUUAGGUUGACCAUGACUCGUAGCAUGCCCUUGUGCCCUAAUGGGUGCAUCUUCUUGGCUUUUUAUGCACCAUCUAUCUCAGAUUUUCUGGCAGCAAUCCCACAAGGCUGUGGCCUAGUGAGAACACUGGUAUAAUGUUAAAAUCAGUAAUUCACUCUCUGAGUCACUAUACACAUGUACUCAUGUGCAUUACAUUUUAUGUAGUGCCCAAGACCAUGGAAAAUUUUAUGUUGGCAGUCACAUUGUCAAAACACUUGGUACUGUACAUUUCGAUACUUAGAAUGGAGAUGAUGUGAACUACAGCUGUAGCUGUGGAAAUACAAAUUUAAAUGAAAAUAUGACCAUCGCAGUGGAAAUUGCAAUUUAAGCAAUUACAAAUUAACCCAAAAAAAUUUAGGGACUUCAACGGGACUUUUUGGGUUAAUUAAUUUGCAAUAGCUUAAAUUGCAGUUGUUUGUUAACCACUGUGAUGAUCAUAAUUAUCGUCUCAUUAUUAUUAUCAUUUUUACGCUGUACAGUCAGUGACUGCGUUUUAAAAUGUUAUUAACAGUAUUAUUUUUUUUUUCAGUUAUCAGCUCCAACAGUGUAUUUUAGUGAGCCCUAUGGGUAAGAUAAUAUCUCCAGUUCUGCUAUUUUCAUUGCAAAGUAACACAAUGUUUAUACAGUCACAUAAUAACUACACAUAACAGUCACUGUAAUGAAAUAAGUUUGAAUGUGAUCUAUACCCUGCAUACAAACACGUAUGCAUACACUAGAAUUACUUGGUCUGUCGAUACAGUCAUGUAAUUAGUCACACAC